UAAACAGGCACACUAUUAAAGCAGGGCGUUUCUUUUUAUUUACGUUUGUGAAUUUGUCUUUUGUUUUUAAAAAACCCCGCAUAUUAGCAUAUAACUUAAAAGAAAAUGCAUUCCCAUACAAAUCUCAUAGCAGUACUGCUGCUGACAGUUCUAAUUCACGAGGGCUCUGCGAUUUGGUGCUACCGCUGCACUUCGGCCACGCCCGGCUGCGGGGAAACCUUCAACUGGCGGGGAAUAGGAUACCUGGGCGAACACUGCCCGGAACCGGACGAUAUUUGCGUCAAGCUGACGGAGCGACGCGGCGGCAGUGAAACAAUAACCCGCGAUUGUCUCAGCGCCCUGAACUUCCGUAAAGACAUUCCCGCCGACAAAUACGAGGGCUGCCGUCCCGCCGCCAAAGAUGAAAGGCUGGCGCACUACGUCAAUCACACGAUCAAGGAACACGACGUGCGGCGGGACUACUUCACGGACACUACGUUCUGCUUCUGCUUCCUGGAUCACCGCUGCAAUGGAGCCAGUGGCAUGCAGGUGUCUGCUGUAAUGGCUCUCCUGACAGUGGCCGCUGCACUGCUCCUCCGCUAGAAUAUCCCAAGGAGUCGAGUGACCAAGUGCCUUACUAAUGCAUUCCACAAAGACGAAUCUCGUAUAACAUGCGUCCGCACAUUUUGUACAACUUUUUGACAUGGCAUUAGAGUCUUCUGCUUACUCCACUUAUUAGUGCCUUACUAACGCAUUCCACAACGAGGAAUAUCCAAUAACAUUCCGAGCGCACAUUUUGUACAACUUUUUGACAUGGCUUUAGAGUCUUGUGUUUACUCAACUAAUUAAAUACAUUUUACCAUAUUUAUAAACAGGA